AUGGAGAACCCAGCCAAGUAUCUGUCAUCGGUGCAGGGGAUUGACUCUGUGUCGGCACCCCUAGAAGAGAUUAUGUGGAACAGCACCGAAACGGAGGCAACAAACGACGGGAGGAAGGAUAUGGUGGUGCGUACGGUGACGGGCUGUCUGCUGUCCGUGCUCAUCCUUUGGACCCUGCUGGGGAACAUCCUGGUUUGCUCCGCGGUGCUGCGAUUUCGCCACCUGCGGACCAAAGUCACCAACAUUUUCGUCGUCUCUCUGGCUCUGUCGGAUUUAUUCGUGGCCGUCCUGGUGAUGCCCUGGAAAGCUGUGGCAGAAGUUGCGGGGUACUGGCCGUUUGGCACUUUCUGUAACGUGUGGGUCGCUUUUGACAUUAUGUGUUCCACCGCCUCAAUUCUCAACCUCUGCGUUAUCAGCGUGGAUAGAUACUGGGCCAUCUCGAGCCCCUUCCGCUACGAGAGGAAGAUGACCCAGCGUGUUGCCUUUGUUAUGAUUAGCAUCACUUGGACGUUGUCUGUGCUCAUUUCAUUCAUACCAGUCCAGCUCAACUGGCACAAAGCGAGCGCUGAAGACGUAGCCGGGAACUUUUCCGCAAGUCGGCAGAUAGAAGAAAACUGCGAUUCCAGUCUGAGCAGAGAGUAUGCCAUAUCCUCCUCCCUGAUAAGUUUCUACAUUCCCGUGGCAAUUAUGAUUGUGACUUACACCAGAAUAUACCGGAUUGCACAAAUACAAAUUAGAAGGAUCGCCUCCCUGGAGAGAGCGGCAGAACACGCGCAAAGUUGCCGGACCAACAGAAUAGAGUGCCAACACCACAACACCUUGAAGACGUCGAUCAAACGGGAAACCAAAGUUUUCAAAACUCUGUCAGUGAUUAUGGGUGUCUUUGUGUGUUGCUGGUUACCUUUCUUCGUCCUAAACUGCAUGGUCCCGUUCUGCGACAGACCGGCCACAGACCGAGACGCGGGUCUGCCGUGCGUCAGCGAGACGACUUUUGACGUCUUCGUGUGGUUCGGUUGGACCAACUCCUCCCUGAACCCCAUCAUUUACGCCUUCAACGCGGAGUUCAGGAAGGCCUUCGCCAGCCUCUUGGGCUGUCGCCAUUUCUGCUCCAGCACACCAGUGGAAACUGUUAACAUCAGCAACGAGCUGGUCUCAUAUAAUCAAGACACACUCGUCCACAAGGAAAUCGCGAACGCCUACGUCAACAUGAUCCCCAACGUGGUUGAAUGUAUUGAACAUGAAGAGACUUUUGACAGGAUUUCACAGUUUUCUCACAACAAUGAAAACGCCACAGACUCGGUUUGUGACUUGGAGGAUUGCGAGGCAGACAUCAGUCUUGACAGGAUGUCUCCGUUCACACCCAAUGGAUUACACUGACUCCAACAUUGUGUCUCCCCGUGCGUAACUGGGUGCAUUGAUAAUAAUGCCAUCGUUCAUUCAGCUCCUUUGUCCCGCUCUUCUCCACAGGGGGAGGCCCCACAGGUCAGGGUCCAGUGAGCUAUUGAGCAGCAGCCCUUGCAGCUCGUGAUUGGUCUAGUGACUUGCUCGUGGACACUUCAGCAGGGUUCAUGUCUCUAUAGCCACCAGGACCCCCCACCCCGACCCCCGUUUGCGUCAUAUGUGAGAUGUGAUGUUGUUGUCCUGUUCUGAAAAAAGUGACGUGUAGGUGUUUAUUUACUUGACAAGUGAAGUCUGUGUUAAUUUGUUAAAAGGUUCAGUGUAGUUGAAGCUGUUGUUUACUCGAAGGCUCAGAGCGCCUGUGUCUCAUGUCCACCCACAGGGAGGACAGAAAUGUUUGUAGAGACUCAGCAGAGGAAUCAUAAUGGAAACCUUUUGCUGUUUAAAAGCCUCAUGUGAAUCCAGUGCCCGUCUUUCCUCUGAGCAUGAAAACUGAGGGCAGCCUUACAGACAGUGCAACCAAGACAGUUCUACUCAAAUGCAGUCAUUUCAGCGCCUUAUAGCUUAUUCAAGGAAGAACUCGGAGAUAUGAAAAGAAUGUGUCGUAUGGAUUUUAAGUUACAUGAUGCCAAAAUGCAGUAUUAAAGUGUUUACCCACUGCACCCAACCCAGUGACUCCUCCUUCACACCUGCUCCGCACCUCAUGGACUACAUGCAGUUUGAUCCAGACACAAAUGGCAGGAUGCUUUGUUGGUGUAAAACAUGAUAUAAAAAAAAGAUACAAAAAUUCAA